UGACUGUUAGCAGUGAGUUUGUGUCAAACUGCGGAACAAGAAAACGGGUACCGGUGUCAGCUAUUGCUAACUGCUAAUUAGCUCUCUCUUCCUCCUCCCUCCUGAUGCCGUAGUUCAAUUCGGGUUGUUCUGUGCUCACUGAAGCAUCAUGGCGGCUCUGCUGCACCAGACCCUUUUCGUUUCUUCAGUAAAAAGAAGCGGAUCCUCGAUGUGUUUACGGGCCGCGGUUCUUAGUAGCGCUAUCCAAAGGCAUCGUCGACUUUACAGCGAGUAUUUACACCGCAGUGUGGUUCCCACCAUGCACUUCCAGAAGAGUUUACCCAGGUUACCUGUACCUAAACUGGAGGUCACCAUGAUGAGGUAUUUGGCAGCACAGCGCCCUCUGCUGGACGAUGAGCAGUACAGAACCACAGAGAAACUGACGCAGGAUUUUCUGGUUGUUCAGAACAAGGAGAACAAACACACCAGCUACAUCUCAGCUCCCUGGUUCAACAUGUACCUGUCUGCUCGAGAGCCAGUGGUUCUGAACUUUAACCCUUUCAUGUCCUUUAAUCUGGACCCAAAGCCGGACUACAAUGAUCAGCUAAUCCGGGCCACCAACAUGGUUUGUUCCGCCGUGCGUUUCAUGAAGACGCUGCGUGCAGGAAUCCUUGAACCAGAGAUCUUCCACCUAAACCCGGCCAAAAGUGACACGGACUCUUUCAAGAAGUUGAUCCGCUGGGUUCCGUCCUCACUGUCCUGGUACGGGGCCUUCAUGGUCAACGCUUACCCACUCGAUAUGUCGCAGUAUUUCCGCCUCUUUAACUCCACCCGCAUUCCCAGGCAAGGGCAGGAUGAACUCAACACCAAUGAGAAAGGACGCCACCUGCUGGUCAUGCGAAAAGGAAACAUGUAUGUUUUUGACAUAGUAGAUGGAGACGGUAAUCUAGUCUCGCCUGCAGAGAUCCAGUCGCACUUAAGCUAUAUUUUGUCCGAUCAGACGCCGAUGCCAGAGUUUCCAAUCGGGGUUUUGACGAGUGAGAACAGGGACGUGUGGGCGGGACUCAGAGAGAAGCUUAUAGCCACAGGAAACGCUGAAAAUUUGCACCUGGUGGACAGCGCCAUCUUCUGCCUGUGUCUGGAUGACGAGGUGAUGAAAGACCAUAUCCACAUCUCCCACAAUAUGCUGCAUGGUAAUGGCUGCAACCGCUGGUACGACAAGUCGUUCAGCAUCAUCAUGGCCAAGGACGGACAGGCCGCCAUCAACUUUGAGCACUCCUGGGGAGACGGUGUGGCUGUACUGCGAUUCCAGAACGAGAUUUAUAAAGAUACCACACAAAACCCGCUGGUUCACCCAGACUCUGCCACCGCCAAAGUGGACUCAUCAUCUGCCGUGCGUCGCCUCCAGUUCAACAUGGACGCUAAGCUGGAGGAUGGCAUCAGGAAAGCCAAGGAGAACUUUGAUGCUGCGGUGUCCAAGCUCACCAUAGAUGCUAUGGAGUUUAAGAAGGGCGGGAAGAAUCAGCUGAAGAAGAAGAAGCUGAGUCCAGACGCCGUGGCUCAGCUGGCAUUCCAGAUGGGCUUCAUGCGUCAGUACGGACAGACCGUGGCCACCUACGAGUCUUGCAGCACGGCGGCGUUCAAGCACGGUCGCACAGAGACCAUCAGACCUGCGUCCACAUUCACCAAACGCUGCGCCCACGCUUUUGUAAAUGAGAGGGGGAGACAAAGCGUUCAGGAGCUUCAGGCCAUGAUCCAGGACUGCUCCAAGUACCAUGGACAGCUCACCAAGGAGGCAGCCAUGGGUCAAGGAUUUGACCGACACCUCUUUGCUCUCAGGCACCUGGCCCAAACAAAGGGUCAGACUCUGCACCAGCUCUACACUGACCCAGCCUACGCCGCCAUCAACCACAACAUCCUGUCCACCAGCACGCUCAGCAGUCCUGCGGUCAACCUGGGGGGCUUUGCCCCCGUGGUACCUGACGGCUUUGGCGUUGGCUACGGCGUCCAUGAUGACUGGAUCGGCUGUAACGUGUCCAGUUACCCGGCUCGAAACGUCCAUGAGUUCCUGCAGUGCGUGCACCAGUCUUUGGAGGACAUUUUCAGUGUCCUGGAGGGGAAGUCCCUCAGCUGAGACAUGGUGUCCACAGACACUGUCCUCCAGACGACUGUCCACGACCAGGAAAUGUCUGUCUUGGACAUCCCCAGCAUCGGGCCAAUAAAGAAAAGUGACUGCAGCCUCUGGACAUCAGAACUGAUCCCAGACCUGUCUGUAGCUGCUGUGUCUGUGUUGGAGUUAAUAUCAUGGACUCACCCUGACAUAGGUUCUCUGAGCUCCAUCUCAGUCCUCUGGUCUGUGGACGGACGUUUUUGAUAAGAAUAAUCUCAUGAUGAAUGAAUUAGUAACAGAUGACAGAAGUCCAGACAUAGGUUUGGUCUCACAGUAAAUUAGUAAAGAAAACACUUGACAUCACGCAGUGAUUAUUUAUUUAAGAGUUUUCAUCUCAACUUUAUAACAUGGUUCAUGAAAUUAAACUGACGUCUCUGUCCAA